AUGAGGGUUUUGUUGCACACAUUGGUGGCGAUUUUAUUGGUUCUACCAGAAGUUUGGUCAAAGAAAGUUCUGGUUUAUCAAAUCGCCUUUGGCAAAAGUCAUAUUCAAUUCAGUGGGACGUUGAUCGACAAACUGGUAGAAGCCGGGCAUACCGUGGUAAGUGGCCGCAACAAACCAACUUUUUUCGUUCGUCGGGCUAUUCUCCCGCCAGGAAAAUAAUUAAAAAAGCUAAUAUCCCGUCGGGAAAAUAAUGUGGAUUUAUUCUCGCAGCAACUCGUGUUGUGGUAUUCGACAAAUCUCCCACCGCGACUGGCAAAGCGAUGAUAGGCGAUUCCGAAAUCCACAUUAUUUUUCCGCCAGACUGAUAUACUACGCGUAAAAAAAUACUGAGAAUUUAUCGCGGCCCGGGCUUUGUCGCACUCCGUAAAAAUUGUUUGUUGCUGCGUCUUAGCCGGAAUUUUUUGAAUGCCACGAAACUCUUGGAUUGUACUGAAAAUUUUGGGGAAAACUUUUGUUCCAACCUAAUAUAUUGCUUUUUCCGAUGGAAUACCAGACAUUUUUUGUUUUCUUAAUGUAGUUCUGAAGCAUUUUCAAGUGAUUUUCCUUCAAAUGCCAUUCUAUUGAGAAUUCUGCAAAAUUCCAAAAUGGGCCUGGAAAUCAAAGUCCAGCCCGGAGGUAUGCCUAGUUCCCGGUCUUAAAACCGUCUGUAACAGACGGUCCGGCCGCUUUUGGCCCAUGAGCCGUGUUAGCAAAAUGGAUUGUGUCGUGGCAAGGAAAAUAAUGUUGAUUUUUACAUUGUGCUCAUUACAUAUUUUACCGACAGACAGACACUCCGAAAAGACUUCUUUCGCUUUCCCUUUAUUAUUAUAUAUAUAGAUUCUAAUGUCAUUACAUGUUUUAGGACCAGCUCCUCUUCCGCUACAAUGUUGACGUCACGGGUACAGGGACCAAAACGCAUCGCAAACUCUACGAAAUCACAAACUCCAACUCCACGUACCACUUGAUGGACCACUUGGCACAACCGUUCAAGACCACGCACAAGAUUAGCUGGCAUAUUAUGGCCCCGAAUAGAUUGUUGUUCUGCGAAACGCUGUUGAAGAACACACAAUUAAUUGAGGAAUUGAAGAGCGAAAAAUACGAUAUAAUGCUCACACAGCCGUGGGACGGGUGUAACCUGCCGCUGGCGCAUGUUCUGGGAAUCAAGUCGACGGCGGUGUACGUGGCAACGUUUUCGUCGUUCUACAUAUUCGAGGACUUGGGAUUACCAACCCCAACAGCGUAUCUGGGAGGUAAGCUAACUAACAUGUUUCCCGGCAAAUUGAUAAUAGACCUUGUCGCUUCAAAGACGUAGUUUUUCUCGGAUAUUUUUCCGGAUUUCCUGUAAUUAUAAUAUGUAAAAUCUUUGCGCAAACAGAGUUCUUUCAAACAGAGGACUAAUUCUUCGGCUUGUUUAGGCUUGAUUAUCAGUCUGUCGGGAAAAUAAUGAGGACUCUGUCCAGACGCCUUGCCGCGGAGAAAAUGAAAUGUGUCGCAGCAAAAUCAAAUUUCUUUUCAUCUCAGCGACACGACCGGCAUUGCGACACUGCGCUCAGUAAUUUCCCGACACACUGAUAAACGUAGACUUGCUUAGACUUAGGCUUGUUUAGGUGCCUUUCAAUUCACCUGCCCGCUGAAACUCUGCUGUCUUUCAGACCCAUUCUACCCCGCUCCGAACCACCGAGACCUGACCUUCUACGAACGCCUCAGCAACUUUUGGGCAUGGGCGGAGCUGUUCCUCAAGCCGGAUACUCGAGAUUUGGAAGAUCCGUUGUUCCAAAAGUACUUUCCGGGCACUCCAGCCUUCUCAACGCUGUACAAAAGGAUCUCGUAUUUGUUCAUCAACACCAACGAAUACACGGAUAUGGGUAGACCAGUCUCAAACAAGGUCAAGUUUAUCGGUGGAAUUCAUAUCGAAGAUAGCAUCGGCGAGGUAGAAGGGGCCUUACCACAGGUGAGAACGACAAAAUUUUGUGUUUUAUUUGAUCUUUGCAAUAAUUUAGCUUGGUAUUCUAGGAAUACGAAGACAUCUUGUCAUCCAAAGGAACGAUUAUAUUUUCCUUUGGCUCGUUGGUACAAAUGCAAAACGUCCCUCAGAAAGUCCAGAAUGCCUUUUUCGAGGCGUUCAAAGAGCUGACUGACUACAAUUUUAUUUGGAAAUAUGACAACAUCUCGGCCACGGCAAAUAUGAGAGCUCCGAACGUCUUCUUCAAGACAUGGCUGCCUCAAAAGCAACUUUUAAGUGGGUUUCGGGCUGUAACCUUGGUUUUUUUCUUCCCUAGUUGUUGCACGAUCCUUAUCGUAAAUUUCAGAAGACCCCCGAAUCCGCGGCUUCAUCUCCCACAUGGGCAUGAACUCGUUCGCCGAGCUGGCGUACGCCGGAGUUCCGGUCGUAAUGGUGCCACUCUUCGCUGACCAACGCUUCAACUCCGCCGUGGCGCAGAGAAAAGGCCUGGGCGUUCGGCUGGAGAAAGACGAACUGACAAAAGAGGCCAUCCUGGAAGCCCUGAGGCAACUACUCGAAAAUCCAAAGUACGCUGAAAACUCAAGACGGCUCUCGGAGAUUCUGGCAGCUGCAACAUCGAAGCAAAAAAUGGCCAAGAGGUUCGUGGACGCCGUGGAAUUGGCCGCCGAAUUUCCAGAAACCGCCGAUUUGUUGGCUUUGCCAAGUGCCGGCUUCAGCCUGCUGGUCGCCAACUCCUUUGAUGUCGUCAUAUUCUUGACUUCAGUGGCUGUUCUCGGCAGUUUGUCGGCAAUUUUCGUCGUCUACAAAGUCGUGAAAAUGGUCAUAACGGGGAAAAAAGUCAAGACAAAAGUGUCAUAA